CAUUUCUCUCAGUGAAGUCUGGAGAGUGUGUUACUCUUAACUGCCUCUUUUUGGACCCUGGUGGACCUCAAAAUACUGUCUGGUACAAACAAAAUUUGGAGAAAUGCCUCUAAAAUUGGGAGAAAGAUCAUACUACAAAGAGGCCAAAAUUACAGCCAUUUUCAACACGUCGGGAUUUACAAUGAAGACGACUGCUAACAGCCUUUCUCUGACUAUUCCACAUGUAAAUAAAGAUCAUGAAGGGCUUUACUACUGUGGACAUAUUUACCUGGAUAUUGUUACAUUAUCGAAUGGAACUUUCUUGGUUGUCACAGGAGAUAAAGAUGUAAAAGUGUCAGUGAACCAGAGCAGUGUUUUGGACUCGGUUCCUGCAGGAGCAUCAGUGACUCUGCAGUGUUUGGUUCUCUCUGAGAGCAGAGCAGCAGAACUCCAAGUGCUCUGGUUCAGAGCUGCUCCAUCACAAUCCCAUCCUCAACUCAUUUACACUCAUCACAACAGCAGCCUUCAGUGUGAGAGCGAAUCUUCUACACACACCUGUGUGUACAACUUGUCCAAGAACAUCUUCAGCCUCAAUGAUACUGGAACUUACUACUGCGCUGUGGCCCUGUGUGGGAAGAUCAUUUUCGGGAACGGGACACGAGUACAGCUGGAGAAGGUUUCACAAUUUGGUCCUCAUGUGAUCUACCUCACAGUGGUGGCCGUGUGUGUGAUUGUAAUCAUCACUGAAACUUUAAUAAUCUGUAAAAUGAGAGUCUGUGAACAAUUCAGAGUGAGACCUCAGAAAGUCUCUGUUAUAAAGAAAACACCUGAUCAGGGUGGUGAUGCAGUAGAGCUGAAUUACGCUGCUUUACAUUUUAAUAAGAAGAACACCAAAAGAGUGAUGAGAAAAAAAGAAAAACCUGAAGAUUGUGUUUAUUCUGAAGUGUCACAUGUUACUUAGAUCAUAUUUCUAAUGUUUUUUUUUCAUUUAUUUAAAUUAGUUUUUUUUUUUUUACAGUAGUUGUGUUUAUUACACAUUUCCUCCAGUGUCAUGUGAAUGAUCUCUUAUCUCUCAUUUGAUAUUAGAUUUGAAUCUUAAAUCUAUAAAAAGAGAAGUAAAUUUCCAACUGUGGGAACUUUCAUUUCCUGUUCUUGUGGUUAACUGCUCUAAUGAUGUAUAACACGA